AUGGCGCCUGUUUUCGAGUUUGGUGAUCCUGUUAAUAUUCCUUUGAUAGGAGCAGCAUGUUUAGCAAUCUACGUCGUAGGGAAUAUAUUCUACAGACUCUUUUUGGAUCCUUUACGCUCCAUCCCCGGACCAUUCCUCUGGCGCUUCACUAAUCUACCGCGAGUUUAUCAUAUAUUAAAAGGCGAUAUACACGCUAAAGUCCUAGAGUUGCAUGUCAAAUACGGACCAGUUCUCCGACUCACACCUUACGAAGUUGUCUUCAGUGACCCCCAAGCAUGGAAAGAUAUCUAUGGUCACCGCGUUGGCGAUGCCCUAGAGAACCCCAAAUGGCCGCAAUUCUACAAAGCAAAUACCGAUCUCGCUGAAAGCUUUUUCACCGCCGAACGUAAGGAACACGCAAUCCAACGCCGGCAGCUUUCACACGGGUUUUCCGAUAAGUCGAUGCGAGAGCAGGAAUCUUUGAUCAAGGGAUAUGUGGAAUUAUUGAUACAACGGCUACACGAAAACGCUCAGAAUGGCGCGGCUCGGCUUAACAUGCGAGACUGGUACAACUGGACAACAUUCGAUGUCAUCGGCGACCUAGGGUUCGGGAGGUCAUUCGGUUGCUUGGCGGACACAGGUUAUCAUCCUUGGGUGAAGCUCAUUACGCAGACUUUUAGGGAGUCAGCCGCAUUCCAGAGCUUGGCACACUUGGGCUUACGGCCGGUAGUAAAGUAUGCUUACCGAUUAGGAUUAAUGGUCAAGAACAAGGAGAACCUCAACCUCGUCGCGGAAACACUCCAAGAGAGAAUCAAGCUUGGUAAAGAGAGGCCUGACUUGAUCGACGGGUUCGUUAAGAAGAAGGACGAGUUGGGCAUGUCCUUCGAAUCUCUCGUUAGUAGUGCAAAUCUGUUGAUCGUCGCUGGCUCGGAAACUACAGCCACACUUUUGAGCGGAGCUACUUUUCUCUUGACUACGAACCCGGAUAAGCUUGCGAAAGUCACUGAAGAGGUCCGUUCUUGUUUUGAGAGCGACCAGGAGAUCACCCUUACAUCUGUUAGCCGACUACCUUACAUGCUUGCAUGCCUUAACGAGGCUUUGAGACAGUAUCCCCCAGCUACUAGCGACUUACCAAGAGUUACACCCAAAGGAGGUGCUACAAUCUUGGGGAGAUCUCUACCCGAAGGCACCGUCGUAUCAGUCUUCCAAUACGCCGUAAACUACGAUCCGCGAUUCUGGAAGAACCCUUUCAAAUUCGCCCCCGAGAGGUGGCUGGAUGAUCCGGAAUACAAGGACGACCAGCAGGACGCCAUGCAACCGUUUAGCACCGGACCGCGAAACUGCAUCGGUAGAAAUCUCGCAUACGCUGAAAUGCGUCUCAUCCUGGCCAAGAUUCUUUUCAACUUUGACAUGUCCAUCGAUGACGAGAGCCUAAACUGGUUCUCAAACCAGAGGGCAUUCAGCGUGUGGGAAAAGCCGCCUUUGUAUAUCCACUUGACACCCGUUACCAAGAAAUCUGAGUAA